AUGGAAGUGAUCCUGGUUCUGCUUUUGGUCUCGACAGUGUCUGGUUGUGGUACUCCCACCUACACUCCAAACACCAGCCGGGUGGUGAAUGGGGAAGAGGCUCGGCCCCAUAGCUGGCCCUGGCAGGCCUUGCUGGAGACAUUUUUCCCUGUCUGUGGUGCCACCCUCAUUGCCCCUAACUGGGUUCUGACAGCAGCACACUGCAUCAACUUCCACACAUACAGGGUGGUCCUCGGAGAUCACAAUCAGAACCAGCAAGAGGGCCCAGAACAGUUCAUCAUGGUGGAUAAAAUGAUCAUACAUCCAAAAUGGAAUGAUGACUGCGUAUCCUGUGGGAAUGACAUCGCCCUCCUUAAAUUGGAGAAAAGUGCCACCCUGAAUGACAAAGUGCAGCUAGCAUGCCUGCCCGAGGCCGAUUCUGUCCUUGCUCACAAUCAGCCCUGUUAUGCCACCGGCUGGGGCAGACUCUACACUGGUGGUCCCCGCCCAGACACGCUGCAGCAGGGCCUGGUGCCUGUGGUGGAGUAUGACGUCUGCCGCCGGAGUGACUGGUGGGGCUCCAGUGUGAAGACCACCAUGGUCUGCGUGGGGGGAGACGCUGUAUCAACCUGCCAUGGAGACUCUGGUGGGCCUUUGAACUGUCAGGGUCGUGAUGGAAAGUGGAUCGUUGAAGGAGUCAGUAGCUUUGUGAGUGGAAACGGCUGUAACACCCCCAAGAAGCCUAGUAUGUUUACCCGAGUGGCCUCCUUCAUCCCCUGGAUCACAGAGACAAUGGCCAACAACUGAGAAAAGACUACAGCUUCUCUCAGUAAAAUUCUUACCUAUGAUUCUUACACACAAACUCUUCACCUGGCUAAGACCAAUAAACUAAUGAAGGCUAAAUCAAAUU